CCGCGCCGCUGCAGCUCCGCCUCGUCCCGCCGGCCGCCCGUCGCUCGCAACACGCGCGAGGCGUUACGCCGCCGUCACGUGACGGCGACGCGUCGUCAUCGGUGUCCGUGACGAGUCCGUGACGAGUGCAAGUGUGUGACCGACCUUGGGAUUUGGAUAGAGGAGGAGGUGACAUUCUGCCCCGGCUCGACCUUUUCGCGACGGACUCGUGACGCGGAUCAGGGCCCGGACAAGACCCAAACCCCAGCUACUGUUCCGCCGGCAGCAGAGAUGCGGGUGCCCUGGCGGGACCCGGAGCGGGGGCCCAGCAGGCGCAGGGUCCCCCAGGAGCAGACGAGCCGCCGCCCGGAGGGCUGACGCCGAGGCUGACGCCGAGGCUGACGCACGGGCUGACGUCGCUGACGCCGUCGGGGACCUGUGAUCGCCGGGGACAGGACUCGUCGGGGACCUCCCCUCCCGGCCGUCCGGGACCCUCAUAAGUAUGUUCGCCGGCAAGUUCCGGUCCUGGAUGGAGGCCCACCUGGGCCGGCCCAAGAAGAACAAGCAGCCGAAGGACAAGAAGGGCGCGUCCAAGGAGGCGGCCCCCGCCCCCGGCGCCGAGGGGCAGACCACACUCACCGACCUGCCGGCAUCCUCGCAUCUACACCGCGGGCCGCUGACGGCCGAGAGCCUGGACUCCAUCUCGACGUGCCCGACCACGGGCAGCGAGCGCGGCGGACUGCGGCCCCACGUGAACCUCAGCUCCCCGGAGAGCGCCUACUCCACGGGCUACUCCACGGACGGCACCUCGCCGGGCGCCUCCUUCCCGCCCGAGUACUACAUCAACCUGCGCACCGGGACCCACUACUUCCACGGGCCCACCCCGCUGCCGCUGCCCCACCCGGGGCCGCUCGCCCUCGGCCCGCCCCCCAGCCUGCCCCCCGGGCUGCCCCCGCUGCCCCCGGCACUCCAGCCUGCCCUGAACCUCAGGCAGCCAUGGGCGUGGCCGACGGGGCUGGUGCAGCAGCCGGAGCCACCACGACUGAGCUACCUGACACCGGGCCGCAGCCGCAAGCAGCAGCACCAGCAGCAGCAACACCAGCAACUUCUGCUCGAACAGCAGCAGCAGCACCUCCACCUGCUGCAACAGCAACAAAACCAACACCAGGCCCUGCUGCAGCAGCAGCAGCUGUUUCACAAGCAACAGCAGCAGCAGUUCACACUGUCCAGGACCGAGUCCUCAACAGAGGAAGACCUCGUCGGAAAGGCCGGCCGCCCGUCCUCCACCUCGUCGUCCACUCUGUCGUCGCACUCCUCGGCGCGACCCUGGCAGCCGGCUGAGUGUGUCUCCUCGCCGCGCGCGCGCACGAGGAUCCGGACCAACCCCUGGCUGCCCAACAGCCCGGCACCGACACGCAGUCAGCAGCAACAUCAACAGCAGCACCAGCAGCAACAGCAGCAGCAACCGCAGCACCAUCAGCAGCAGCAGCACCAGCAGCAGCACCAGCAGUACCCGCAGCAGCAUGUGCAGCAGCCAAACAGCAGACAGGCUCUCGCAGGAUGUUCCUCGUCGCUCUCGCUGUCCUCGUCCUCCUCCUACGGGUCCGCCUCGGAUGUGUCCCUCCAGCGCCGCGCCCCCGGCGGCCACGGCAGGGCCCGCUCCAGGGGCGGCCCGAGCGGCAGGGGGGCGGCGCGGCCGCAGCCGCUGUUCCAGCUCAACGAGGAGAGCCCCUCCGUGGAGGACAAGCCUCUGCCUCGGGGGCCCGCGCAGCCCAGCCCUUCUGCUUGCAGAAGACACUCGCCGUUGCCGGUCGCGGGCUCCACGGCCGCGGGCUGCGGGCGAGCGUCGCGGGCGAGCAACCGACCCACGGCAGCAGCGCCGCGGUCGGCCUCCUCCGGCUCGACCUUCAGCGGCUGCUCCCGGGCGGCGGGCGCCUCGGGCGGACACCACCGCGGCCGCGCGCCUUGCGCCAAGCAGCAGCGGUCGUCGUCGUCGUCCUCGUCCGCGUCCUCCCGGACGGCAAACAACGGCUCGCCGCCGAACCUCUCCGACAACGAAGACGUCGAGGACGUGACGCUCAACGAAAUGAUGGGCAAGUUCGACGAGAGCUACGUGUACGAGAAGGAGACGGACAUCCUCAGCGACAGCGACCCCACGGACGUUGAGGAUUACGGUGACGACGUGGACGACGCAGACGCAGGUGACGAGCAGACGGACGAAGGCGAUCUGGACUUCAUCGACCGGUGCUCGCUGACGGAGCAGGUGUCGUGCUGCGAGGACCGGCUCGUGAACCGCGGCCACUGCUCAUUCCACAACUUCCCACCCGGGCGGCGCCAGUCGAGCAGGCGACGGUCCAGCCGCCGAGAGACGCCGUCCCGCGCGUCCAACUCGUCCAGGGACGCCUCGGUGGGCAGCCCCCGCGGCAGCCGCACCCCCAGCGAGCGGCCGCGGCGGCGGGCGGCGGCCCGACAGGCCCCGCCAGCACCGCAGGCCGCGCCACCCCCGCAGCUCCAGGACCCCGCGCACGGCGGCAACCUCAACCGCAUCGUGAUGCAGCGGCUGCUGCUGCGGAGCGCCGAGCUGGCGGAGCUGGGCGCGCCGGGGCUCGGCGGCACCCGCAGCGCGGGCAGCACGCCGCUGAGCGCGCGCCGCCACCACCACCAGCCGCCCGCGGCCCCCGCGCGCACGCCCCACGCCGAGCACGCCCUGGCGGAGGCCGACAGGGAGGCGGACCGCAAGUACCGGCAGCUCAUCAUGCAGGCCGAGCACAUCCUGGUGAGCAUGACGGGCGGCCCGCUCGCCAGCCCGCUGGGCAGCGUGCUGCCGUCCAGGACCGCGGCGCCGCACUACGGCACGCCGCCCAUGUCCAAGCGGCACCACCUGCCCUGCAACCUGAACCGGCGGCUGGACCACCUGCGCCAGGGCAUGCUGCAGGGCGCGGGGCCGUCCGGGCCGCUGCCCGCCGCGCUCGCCCCCUCGCCGCUCGCCCGCGACCCCCGCCUCAACGACAACGCGGAGGAGAACCGGAACCGGUGGUCGCCCCUCGCCAUGCCCCGGCGUGCCCUGCACGACAGGAAGCAGUGCUUCACGCCGGUGCUGUCCGACGUGCGGCGCAUCGAGCAGCAGCAGCAGCAGCAGCAGCAGCAGCAGCCCGUGGACAACGUGAACCACGCGCUCCAGGCGCGCACCGCCCAGAUGACGGCCGUCACGACCUCGGCGUCGUGCAACGGUAACGCCGCUUCACCCGCGUCCACGCCCGGCGGUCGGCGGAGGGGGCCGCCCCCGGUGCCGCCCCCGCGCACCGUGACUGCGCGCGCCCCCCGCGCGCCCUCGCCGCCCCCACCGGCUCCCGCCGAGCCCCCUGCGGUGCCCGCCCCCGCCGCGCCGCGCCUCAGCAAGCCCUUCCAGCUGAACCUGCAGGCGCUGCCGCCGCCCCCUGCCGCCGCACUGUCGUCGCCAAACGGCUGGACGGCCAUCGAGGCCAGCUCCUCGGACUCGGACGGCUGCAUCACGCCGAGGCCGUCCAGGGCGGUGCCCCUGCCCUUUGACCGGCGCGCCAAGAGCACGGCGACGACACCCACCUCGAGCAGGCCGCCGCUUGUGACCUACAAGUCCGUGGACACGCGUCUGGACGUGCUGGACGUGUGUCCGCAGAGCGAGCCCGUCAAGAGGAAGGUGUACGCCGGCAGUCAGACCCUGGACCGCCUCAGCAAGAAGCUGGAGCACACCGAGAUAAUGCCGAGGACGCCGGUGCAGGACGCCGCGGACGAGGAGGACGCUCGGAGGAAAGCCAUGCUCAUGGAGACCCUGCAGCAGCUCAAGCACAGUCUUGAGACGCAGUCCGCCAGCCUACAGGUGCAGGCGUAGCUUAGCAAAGCUUAGCGUAGCUGUGCGGCCAGUCAGCCAGUCAGCAUUCCAACUGUAUUUUAGUGGCCAGAAAAACAUGCAACUCGUGUACUUAAACUUUCCUAUGACAGCACUGGAAAAGCAAAGGUAGGACUUCAAAUGCCUUUUAAAGAAUGUGAAAUUUUAAGGCCCCAUGGGAAAGGUAGGAAAAUGUAUGAAGAUUCAUAACAAUUAAGCAUCUUUGGGUAGUUUUUAUUACCUUUGUGUUGGGGUGCUAAAUUUUAAUUCCUUUUCAAAGGCACUAACACCCUUUUCGUCCUACCUUUGUGUUUCCAGUAAGGAGGAGACCUGAUGAAUAAGUGCCCGAAGGGCUCCCUCAUGUAAAUAUUUAUGAGUGUAGUCUAAGACUAUUUUACAUACUGUACAGAAAAUAGACAUAUUGUAAAAGAAUCAUUAAUGUUUACAAUUAGUUAUGUACAGUGAUAUUGAAUACGAAUCCAAAGAUUUUUUGUUAAAGAGAUAUUGAUAUGAUUGUUUUAUUGUUUAGUUUUUGUUGUGUUUUGGAAGUGUGGGUUUCAUAUGAUGAGAACAUUUACAGCUUUUGUAAGAACAUGUUUGCCAUAUUAGACUUUUUGGUGAAUUUCAUAAAACUAUGUAAUAAGAGAAACUUUUGUGGUCAUUUUUCAUGACACUCUUUGCACUCAUCUCAAGGCAAAAUAUGUUGAACAUGGAUCCUGCAGUAAUAUGAAUUUAUUAUCAACCAUAGGUUUAAAAUUCAGAAGGCUAGAUGGAAUUGGAUAGACUUACCUGGUAGCAAUAGUUUUAUAAAAUGAACAGAAAAUGUUAGCUUGAUGGUUUGUUCGCAUCAUAUCAUGUAAUAAAUGUGAACUAUUUCCCAAAGUGUUGGCCUUUAAGAGAGAGACCAUCUUUUAAAUCCAAACGAACACAAUUACAAAGAAUCUUGCAUCAAGCUAUUAUAUUAGUCAUUUCACUCUAGGUCAGCGCUGCUUUCUGCAGUAAAGUAGUCAGUACCGUAGUAAAUCAAUAUUUACCAGAUUAGAUUACGCAUUAGGCCAUUUUCUAGCAGAAUACAUUACUGUAGAAUGGUGUAGACUAGAAUAGUUGCAAUACAUACCAGUUCAUCAGCUGUUUCAUGUUUAUGAUAUUGUCUAGAAGUAUUCAUAUAAAUAUCAAAUGAACCCAUGGUGUGUGUGUCCUAUGAGUUUUCACUUGAGACCUGGUUGUUUCCAUCUCCAGAUUUACCACAUUUUAGCAAAUUCAAGUAUCUUAGGUAUUUUUAAUUAAGAAUGCCCCCUCGCAGGACAUGUUAUGUUUUUUGUCAUUGAACUCACUCAAUUUUUAAUAAUAAAACGAUGUCACAUAGAGGGCUGAUUGAGGUGCUCGUGGAGCAGGAACUAACAGACUGAGUUGUAAGGAGGAUCCUUGACCUUUAUUCCCUUUCAUCUAUUCAUUUCUAAAAUAAUGUUGUGUUACCCAAUGUUUUCCAGAACUGAUAAUUUGAUUCACAAGUCCCUCUAAAAUUGAAAAUUGUUACCAUCGCUGCCCAGCAGCAGGACUCAUUGAUUAAAAUAAAGCACUAAUCUUUACGAUUGGUUUUUAUAAAGAUAA